ACCGGUUAAGUGCAAAAUAAAUACUUUCAGUUGUUUUAAAGCGCAGAAUUUAAAAAAAUGCCAGUCUGUGCCGUAAAUACGUGCAACAUUUCAUCCUCGGAAGCAGUGGCAAGGGAGAAUGUGAUAAGUUUUCACUGCUUUCCGAAAAAUAAAACCAUGCGAUCCCGUUGGUUGAAGUUUUGUGGAAUCGCGGUCGAUCCGGAAAGAACGUUAUACAUUUGCUCUCUACAUUUCGCCGAAGAUUCGUUUGUAAAUAAUGCAACUAUACAAAAAAUGGUUAUGCCACAUGGCAGCUCGCGUAACUUAUUAAUUAAGAACGCUUACCCGUCCAUUCGCAAGCCUCCUGUUCCAGACAGUAGUCAGAGUGAUCGAGCGACUCGAUAUCAACGGAAAAAGCAGAAGGAGGUUGUAACAGCACUUCUCGAAGGGUAUGAAAAACAUCUUUUAAAUGAGGAGCAACAAAUCGAUCAGCUGCAAACUCCGGUGGUUUUAUCACGAGGGAAUUCGCCGUUGAACAGCUUGGAACAAUUACAUGAUGGUCAAAAUAUAACCCAGCCGAAUUAUCUGGCCAAGCAGCCAGAAUUUCCCGUGUCUUGUGCCCAAAUCGAGCCCUGUGUUCCCGACAAACCAAUCUGCACGGAUUCCAAUAUGGAUAUACUCUUCACAGCAAUAGAAAUUGCAGAGAGGUCUGGUGCUAACUGCAGUUUGGAACGUGCAAACGUGCUGCUGGAGUGUACUGAUCCAAUAGAAACAGCAGGAGAUCAGCGCCCGUGCCUGAACGACAUCAGUAACGAUUCUGGUAUAGUCGACGUGGAUGACAUUUCCAAGUCGUUUCGAAAUGAGCUCCCAGCCAGCUCCCCGAAUAGCACCAGAAUUCAAAGGCUAGAGGUUCAAGUGCAGCGAUUAAAACAUAUUUUGGAAUCGAAAAAUCAAAGGAUCAAGAAGCUUCGAACGCGGAUCGUCAGCAACAAUAAACACUUUUUGGCACUUCUCAAAACCUUAAAACAGAAAGAUAAGGACGUGAAACUAAAGGAAAAACAACUUGUCGAAAAAAGCGGAACUGUGGAACAGCUUCGAAAGGCCUGUGAUCAACUGAAUGAAAUAAGAGAGAAGGCCAUCAUGGAUCGAGUUGAGAAUACCUUACAGGGAGUUUUCACGAAAAACCAAAUCGAUCUAAUUCUGAAGAAAAAAAAGAAAGUAAUAUCACAGAUAACAGAUAUUCAGGCUGGUAUCCGAUACGUGUGUAAACAUCCGCAACCGUUAAUUCAAAUGCAUUUUAAAUUGGGACCACGUUUGGCAAUCGAUUGGAGAUGGCGCAAGGAUCAUUGUUAUGGAAAACGCAGCCCGAAUGCGGCUGUCAAAUACAUUGGCUGCGUUCGACGGUUGCUUAUCAGCUGCGUUUGUAUGUACUUCCGCAAUCAGUUGAGUAGAUGGCAGUAGUGCGCCAACGUAUAUUAAUUCAAAAGUUUACACAGGAUUUUCAAUAA